AUGGUUGAUUGUAAACCUCUGCUGACGACUGUGGCUUCGGGUGUGUCUCUGUCUUUGUCUGAUGGUGUGCAAUUGACUAAUCCCACAGAGUAUCGGAGUAUCGUAGGAGCACUGCAAURUUGUACAAUCACUAGACCAAAUUUGUCGUUUGUUGUUAACAAGGUUUGUCAGUUCCUUCAUACCCCAACUACUACCCAUUGGACUGCUGUCAAAAGGAUUUUGAGGUAUCUCAAUGCAUAUGUUCUUAAGGAGCUUGAUUUUCUUCUUAGUCAUAUACCACURCUCUUAUGUGAUAACAUUAGUGCUACUUACUUAGCUGUGAAUCUCGUUAUGCAUCAACGAACUAAACGUGUAGAAAUCGAUCACCAUUUUGCUCGUGAGCGUGUGCUGAAUCGUCAGCUUAUUGUUAAGCACGUGACUUCUGGAGAUCAAGUUGCUAAUAUCAUGACCAAAGGCCUACCUAUUGGUCGAUUCCAAGGACUUCGUACCAAAGGCCUUAAACCGUGA